UCAAUGAUCAAGAAUUCUUUUACGACGGUACACGUUUCGCGGAAUUUCGAUAGGAUAGACGGCGAGCAAAUAUCGGUGAAAUUCUUAUCUCGAUUACGAUUAAAAGAUAAACGUCGAGUUGUGGUAUCGAUUCAAGUUUACUACCCACGUUUCGCGGAAAAUAGAAACGGUCCAAGCGUUAGUGUCAACGGUUUACCGACUGAGACUGUUUAGACGUACAAUUGAAUCAAAAUUGUUUUUAUGCCAAUAUUCAUGUAAUAAUUUACGAUUCGUGUAACGAUUGGAGUGUACUAUGCUAUCUCGGUAAUAGAUAAGAAAUUAUUGCAUGUCAUGGUAAAAAAAGACGAUCGAUAGUCGGCCGGUGAAGAGUUAAAUUUAAUUAAUAAUUUGCGAAAAUUUGGAAAUAAACGUCAACGGUGUUUACGCGUUAGCAUCGGUUCAUUUUUGUUCGAAAAAUAUUCUGCCUGUCUCUCGCGAGCAGCCAUUAAUUUAUCGCAAUUAUCCGAUUACUCGAACGAGUGAGAAUGUCCUACGAGAUACCACGUCCAUCGAGAAUCGAUUCCACGAAAAGCUCUCGACGAAAUAGCGGCUCUGUCUUAAACGCGUUGGAAUUCCUAGCGAAAGCAAAGUCACGUGUCGCGGAAUGGCGAAAACGCGUGCCAAAUUGUGACCGUUCUUACCUGUCGGUCAUCGUGGCAGAAGCGUAAGACUGAUGAAGGCUCUGGCAACGCGUCAUCUCCGUACGCUUCGAGACAAGUCUUUCCUCGUGCAGAUUCGAUUCCCGUUGUCCCGUAUCGUUCAACCGAUUAUCCGCGAGACGUUCUAUAUUUAGAAUAAUUUCUGGAACCGGUCUUCCUGAGGAAUACCAUUUUUCCAAGCGGCAUGCUCGCGAGAGCGUCGCGUUUACGCCGAUACCGGGAAUGUGGCGUCAUGACGGAGGCGUGGAAACGCGUCACGGGCGAUCUAUACGAGCCAGCCGUCGAACAGGUCCUACGUCUCGAGCCCAGGACGGUGGAAGCGAUCCUGAACGGCACAGAGAUCACCAGGGACCACAUGACACCAGAGAUCAAGCUGUUCCUCCUGACGCCUAAUUGCGCGUUGUAUCGCGCACCGUUUCGAGAUGUCUCGGAGAAGAACGAGACCGCGAGGAACGUCUUCAGCGACCCCUUCUGGUCCAUUUAUUGGCCGGGUGGACAGGCCUUGGCGAGGUUCGUCCUGGACGAAGGGCAGAAACUCUUCUCGACGUCGAGGAAAGACGGGGGAAGGAUCUUGGACGUGGGGGCAGGAUGCGGAGCGGUCGCCAUUGCUGCGAAACUGAUGGGAGCUAGGAAGGUCGUCGCCAACGAUAUCGAUAAAGUCGCGUGCGCGGCUAUCGCUAUGAACGCGGCGUUGAACCACGUGGACGUGCAGGUGUCGCAAGAGAAUCUGUUGCAUCGCCCACCGGAGAAGCCAAACGACGUCAUCUUCGUCGGGGACAUGCUGUACGACGAAGAGAUCGCCGCUGUUCUGAUCCCGUGGCUCGAGCUAGCGCGGACGAAUGGAACGCGAAUCUAUCUGUCCGAUCCAGGACGACACGGUCUGACCACCGACUUGAAGAAACGACUGAAGCCACUUAGGCGAUACUCCUUGCCAGAGAAUGUCCGAAAAGAAAAUUUCGGUCACGAUACAUGUGACAUCUGGGAGUUCUGUGGGACGCGUGUAAACCAUUCCUGAAUAAACAGUUUCGUGUCGUGUUCCAUUUGGCUGUAAAAAGAAAUUUUAGAUAAUAACAAAAAAAAAAAAAAGAGUUGGAAGAAAAUUGUAAUUACGACAAAUGCGAUGCUCGCAUUUGAUUCUUAAACUCUGAAAGAAUAAAAAUGUUGUACGCCUUGUUUCGGAAGAAAUUUAAUAAAUACAAGAUGCGUAACUUUGAGGGUGUUUUGCCACCCCUUGUCUAACAUUUUUCCAUGCUCUAUUUGUACGCAAAGUUUCUUAGAAAUCGGUAUGUGUUCGAGUCGGUAGGUUCAUAAUCAACUCGCGCGAUUAAAUAAUAGCUACUGGUUGGAACGCGUGUACGUUUGUCAUACGGUAGCGCGUGCUCGGUCAUAAACAACCUGCUGGUCGGAUUUACGGCAGCCAGACGACGAAGAUUGCGAAACGCGCCGACGCGAUAACGCGUCAGUUUCGUGCAACGCUAUAUUACAUAUUAAGUCAUUCCGACGUCUAGCGAUAUUUUUCGCUGGGCGAAUCGUACUUUCGGAACACUGUGUAUAUUACGGGUAUAUUCGCGUCCAUUGAAUCUAUGAGAAUGUGCACAAAUGGAGAAAUAUAUAAAAUAUGAUAAUGUAUUAGGUUGUCCCGAAAGUUUCUUUCGUUUUAUUAAUAAUUAAUAUAUACGCAAUAUUUGAUGUUUUAUGUUACGUUACUGAAUUGUGUACGAUUCAUUUCGCUUCGUUACUGUUACAGCAUCAAUGUCUAAAAAAUUAGAUUGUCUAUUUCUAUAAACACUGCCACAGAAAAUAAUUGAGUGCAACUCACGAAAGAAACUUUUGGGAUAACCUGAUAUAUGUUGUAGCCUUCGGAAGAUAAGACACAGUCUCGCUCAACUUUCAAUCCUUUUCUUUUCUUAUAUCUGUGAAAAUAUAAAUUUAAACAAACAUCCGCAGUCUAAUAAUAACAAAUAUUUGACGCUGUACGUUGAUUUGUUCCACCUUUGAUUUCAACACUAGUGAGGCGUCCUCCUUCUCAGAUUCCAUUAAAACCACUUAGUCAUCUCGACUAGGCAACUUCGUUCAAAUGUUUGCCGUUCGAACUAAAAUACAAUUAGCGGCAACGAAUUGCCUCGAUUUG